AACAAUGAAUCAGAUUCGGAUAAUAAUGUGAAUCCAGGUGAUCAAAUGCAUAUUGAUCCAUCAUCAACUCAACUCAAUCAACAAUCUCAACAAACCCAACAACAACAAACACAACAAAAUUCACAAGGUCAAGCACCACCAGCUGUACCAGAUCCAAAUAUAGCCGUUCCAGUUGAUAUUAAAUGGGUUCAAGGUGGUGAGAAAGUUUAUGUUACUGGUUCAUUUACCGGUUGGAGAAAAAUGAUUGGAUUAACUAAACAAGCUGAUACUUCAUUUUUAAUUACUUUAGGAUUACCAGUUGGAACUCAUCGAUUUAGAUUUGUUAUUGAUAAUGAAUUAAGAUUUUCAGAUUUUUUACCAACUGCUACUGAUCAAAUGGGUAAUUUUGUAAAUUAUGUUGAAGUUACUCCUGAACAUAUUCAAGCUCAUUUAUUACAACAAGAAGGUGGAUCAGCAUUACCAUCUCAAGAUAAUGAUGCUGAUACUAGACAAUCUCAAUCUCAAGCUCAAUCUCGUCGUUCAUCAGUUUCAGGUCCUGCAAGACGUGAUUCUAUGUGGGGGUUAAUUAAUGAUGAUGAUGAUAUGGGUAAUGGAUAUUCAAGAUAUCAUGAAGAAGAUGAAGAAAAUCCUUUAAAUAAUAAACAAUUCCAAUAUAUUAAUGAUAUACCACCAAUUUUUACUGAUCCAAAAGUAAUGGAACAAUAUUAUAUGGCGAUUGAUAAACAAUCAAAGAAUUCAAAUGGUCAACAACAAGCAUGGUUACAUCCACCUCAAUUACCUCCUCAUUUAGAAAAUGUAAUUUUAAAUAAUUAUAAUUCUUUAGAUCGAGAUAAUAAUGGUGGUGCAUUACCAAUUCCAAAUCAUGUUGUUUUAAAUCAUUUAACUACAACAUCUAUAAAGAAUCAUACUUUAGCAGUAGCUUCUAUUGUAAGAUAUAAAAGAAAAUAUGUAACUCAAGUGUUAUAUGCUCCAUUACCUCAAUUGGGAUAGAAAUAAAGAAUGAAAGAGAUCUAUAUAUUAUAUUAUAUACUUACUUACUUACCAUACAUACAUACAUACAAACAUUUAUAAUUAUAUUUAUGAAAAUAAUUUAGAGUAUUC